UUCUAAGUUCCCCAGCCUCACUCUGGCCAGGCAGCCCCACCCCGGGGGAGGAGGAGCGGCCUCUGCCCCGGCGACAGGAAGUGACGUACAGCACAGAGGCGGAAGUCGCUUUCUGUGAUCGGAAAUUAGCUGUUUCCAAGGGGGGCGUCGGGCUGGGCGGAGAUGGGGACCCCCUUGGUGGCCAGUCGGGGCCGGCGCUUCAAGUGGGCCAUCGAGCUGGGCGGCCCGGGCAGCGGGGGCAGGGGCCGCAGCGACCGGGGCAGUGGCCAAGGCGAAUCCCUCUAUCCCGUGGGCUACUCAGACAAGCAGGUCCCUGACACCAGCGUCCAGGAGACUGACCGUAUCCUGGUGGAGAAGCGGUGCUGGGAUGUGGCGCUGGGGCCACUGAAGCAGAUCCCCAUGAACCUCUUCAUCAUGUACAUGGCUGGGAACACCAUCUCCAUCUUCCCCACAAUGAUGGUGUGCAUGAUGGCUUGGCGCCCCCUGCAGGCCCUCAUGGCCAUCUCUGCUACCUUCAAGCUGCUGGAGAGCUCCAGCCAGAAGUUCCUGCAGGGGCUCGUGUAUCUGAUCGGGAACCUGCUGGGGCUGGCGCUGGCUGUCUACAAGUGCCAGUCCAUGGGGCUGCUGCCCACCCAUGCCUCCGACUGGCUGGCCUUCAUCGAACCCCCUGAGCGGAUGGAGUACACCGGCGGGGGACUGCUGCUGUGACCAACACCCCUUGCCCCUGGAGUGAUUGCAGGUUUUCCAGGAGGACCGGGAGUCUCUACAGCUCCUGUUGGGCUUUGAGCCGCACCACCCUCUUC